AACACUCGACUCAUGAUUAUUCUUUCUUGAGUCCAGGCUCUGCCGGCGGGGACUACAGUGCACCAGCGACAAGUUCCCGAGAGCUUUGCGUUUGAUAAAACGUGUUGGUCAAUCUCAAAAUACAGUGCCUGGACUGAUUAAGCCAUGGAUAGUCGAAAACGUCUAAGAGUGGAUUUACCAUGCAACCCAACCAACAACUUCAAAACCCCAGAAAAGCGGGUGUCAGAGGUUCCACGUCGGGAUGGGAGCUUCAAACAGCAAGGUGUAGAUUUCAGACACUGGGAUGUUGAAACCACUUGUAGUUACCUUCGUCAUGAGGGACUUGAAGAAUGGGAGAGCAAAUUUAAAGAGCAAGAGAUUACAGGGGUGGGGUUGCGCUACCUCACAGAGUCGCAUCUGAAGGAGAUCGGAAUUGGACCUCUGGGGAAACGCUUGCAGAUUAUCCACAGCCUGCAGAAACUAUGGCACAUCACAGACGUUCCUAUGAAGGUCUUCAACGACCCCAUCCACGGCCACAUUGAGAUACACCCCCUCCUGAUGCGCAUUAUAGACACUCCUCAGUUCCAGAGGCUCCGCCACAUCAAGCAGCUGGGUGGGGCCUACCUGGUGUUCCCAGGGGCAUCCCACAACCGCUUUGAACACUCUCUCGGGGUCGGGUAUCUGGCUGGUAAGCUGGUCCAAGCCCUGAAUGAACGACAACCUGAGCUACUCAUAACCAGGCAGGAUAUCCUGUGUGUGCAGAUUGCAGGCCUGUGCCACGACUUGGGACAUGGGCCGUUCUCUCACAUGUACGAUGGAAUGUUCAUCCCCAAAGUUCGCCCAGAGUACAAGUGGAAGCAUGAGAAGGCCUCUGUGCAGAUGUUUGACCACCUGGUGAGGGAGAAUGAACUGGAGGCGGUGAUGCGGGAGCAUGGCCUGACCCUCCCCGAUGACCUGGUGUUCAUUAAGGAGCAGAUCGCCGGACCCCCGGAGGACCCAACCGCGCCUCGCCACGGACAGGCCCCUUGGCCCUACAAAGGCAGGCCUGAGGAAAAGUCCUUCCUGUAUGAGAUUGUGGCCAACAAAAGGAAUGGCAUCGAUGUGGACAAGUGGGACUACUUUGCGAGGGACUGUUACCACCUUGGCAUCCAGAACAACUUUGAUUACCACCGCUUCCUGAGGUUUGCUCGCGUGUGUGAGGUCAAGGGGAAGAAGCACAUUUGCACCAGAGAAAAGGAGGUAGGGAACCUGUAUGACAUGUUCCACACGCGGAGCUGCCUUCAUCGCAGAGCGUACCAGCACAAGGUUGGCAACAUCAUUGAAACCAUGAUUACAGAGGCCCUGGUGAAGGCACACCCCCACAUUCAGAUCCAGGGCUCAGGAGGGAAGAUGUUCUCUCUCUCCACAGCCAUAGAUGACAUGGAGGCCUACACUAAACUCACAGACCAUAUCUUUCUGCAGAUCCUCUACUCAUCCUCUGCAGAGUUGGCGGGAGCUCGGGAGAUCCUCCAGAACAUCAUCUGCCGGCGUCUGUAUAAGUGUGUGGGUCAGACCAGCCCCACCACUCACGUGGACGUGUCCCAGGAUAAGCUGCUGGAGUGGGCUAAAGAAGUAGCCAGCUCCAAACCCAGUGGUGAACAUGUGGUCUUGAAGGGCGAGGACUUUGUUGUCAAUGUCAUCUCCUUGGACUACGGCAUGAAGGGCAAGAACCCCAUCAACAGCGUCCACUUCUACUGCAAAAACGACCCGACGAAGGCCAUCAAGAUCCGCAGGAAUCAGGUGUCCCAGCUGCUGCCUGAGAAGUUUGCGGAGCAGCUGAUCCGCGUGCACUGCAAGCGCACGGACGAGCACAGUCUGGAGGCUGCCAAGAAGUAUUUUGUGCAAUGGUGCAUGGACAACAACUUCACCAAGCCUCAGGAUGGUGACGUGACUGCACCUGAACUGACCCCUCUGAAGGCGAGCUGGGCCAGCGAUGACCGCGAUGAUGAUGAUGAUGAUGAUGAUGAUGAAGACGAUGAAGAUGAAGAAUCUGAGGGCAACAGUCAUCCAGCCAGGGCAGCACAACACAGCACGCCACAGAGCAGCAGUCUGAAGGCCAAAAGCAGGCUUUUCCCAUAGUAGAAGAGAAAAAGGGAGGGCACCAUCAUCACUGUGGUGUUCAGGAGGACUGUUACUCAGUUUGACCACCAGGUGGCAGCAAAGUGCAUUUACUAAGGCAGAGAUGGCAGAGCCUCUACAGGAGAACUCCAAUGGCUGGGGCCUCCGACAGCUCUCUCCUCCCUAUCCCCAGAACUGCUCUGGGCAUCUAAUAUUUAUAGUAGAGUAUGAAGCAGUUUUCUUGUCCACAUCAAGCUUUUAUUUUUGUUGAUUUACCUUUGCUUUUUAUUUCUUUUAUUACUCUGUAGUCUUACCAAUAUACUUCUGAGGGGCAUUUAUUCUUGGUGGGAGAAAAGUAAGGUAGUAGCUAAAAACAAACUGGUAAAGCACCUUUUAGUCUAGAAGUGUUGAUUUUUUUAUUUUCUUCAGCUUCAACUACGAACACUGUUACAUUCAUUUGGUGCAUAUAUUCCAAAGACCAAAAGUUACCCUUGCAAUCAGCCGUUGGUUUGUUUUGGACUGUCGUAUGUAAACUUAACAUGUUCUGGACAUUGAAUGUAUAUUUAUUUUACUCAUUUCUCCUCAUUCCUAGUGCUUUGAAGCUCUCAUACUUGGCAUAUGAGUAUAGAGGUGUUCAACAUGUCAGGUUCAUUUAGCUUAGUUUAGUGUCAUACCACAGAUUUACCUACUCAUCCAUAUCUGUCUGUGUGUGUGUGUGUGUGUGUGUGUGUGUGUGUGUGUGUGUGUGUGUGUGUGUGUGUGUGUGUGUGUGUGUGUGUGUGUGUGUGUGUGUGUGUGUGACAACAAACCAAACACCACACAGUGUGUUUUACUCUUUAUUUUUAAACUUUUGUUUUAGAGUUGAUGUAUUGCAUACUGCUGCCGUAUAGUCCUCUGCCUAUGGCAGUAUGUGGCUUGAGCCAUCACUAUUUACUGGCAUUACCAAGUUUCUUUUGUCCUGGACAGCGGUCACUCUGCAGGUAACGUAACAGGAAAGGGUUUUGGUGUGAGAUCACGUUUGGUGUGGUGAUGGUGGUGUGAAUAUGUAGAGUGUGUUUUUUUUUUUUCUGGGUGAACUCUGAACAUUUGAGUGCUUUUGUUUUACAUGUGUAACUUCCCUUUCCUGGUCCGUGUGGUUUUCAUUUGUCUGUGUUUAUGACAAUUGCCGGACCCUCAAUUACAGUGUGGGCUUUUGUACUUUGUACUUUGACCUGUGUUGCUAGCAGUACUCCACUUUCUUGUCAGGAAGUGAGUUGACAUCAAAGCUGCUGACUAUCAUGUUUUAGCUGCCAGUGAUGGUGCACUUUCAGGAAAAAAAAAAAACAAUCAGGAUAUGUUAAAAUAUUUUUUUAGAAGAAGUUUGUAUCCAUGGGAGAAGAGUGAUCGUGGGGUAUGUUUUGACUGUAUCUGACCUCAGCGAUAUAAAUAAAAAAGACCUCCCUCUAUAUCUAA